AUGGCAAACCCCAGAAAGCAGAAAGACUCAGAAACCAUGGAAGAGGCCACUGGUUGUUUGAUAUACCGUGCUUGUGAAUUAGCUAGAAACCUGGAAUCAAAUUUUUCCAGCUUGGCUAGCCAACCUAAAGUACUAUUCACGUCCAUUGAUGAGAUAGUGAAGACGUUUUCGGCGGCAAAAGAAAGCCUACGACUGUGUUCCCAACACCCAACGCCAUCUUCUUCUUCCUUUGGUCAAGCACGCCAGCCUGAUCGGAUGCCUGCAACUUCUAAUUUCAUGCCGGAGUGCCCAAUCAGAUCUACCAGCUAUGCACAACCAAUGGAUCAGUCCAUUCACGAUCAAGUGCAGCGACAACCACGAACAGCUCGAAUGCGACUGCCAAAGAGGAAAAGUGACUCGGCGACGAAGACAGUGAUGGCACCUGCGCCUAGGUUUGGGGACACACAGAUUCCACCAGAGGAUGGUUUCACUUGGCGAAAAUAUGGCCAGAAAGUGAUAUUUGGCUCUAAGAACCCAAGGAGUUAUUACAGGUGCACCCACCAGAAAUUAUAUAAAUGUCCUGCGAAGAAGCAAGUGCAGCGACAGGAUGACAACCCUACCACAUUCUCAGUAACAUACCGAGGCAGUCACACCUGCGUUAUGUCCUCCACAGCUCCAUCUUCAUCAGUUCCAGCUCCAUACCUUUUUGCUGAUAUCUCACCCCACUUCAACACUACUACUGCCCUUUCCCCUCACUUGUCUUCAUCUUCAACUUCAGUUUCCCAGUGGUUCCCACCGCCCCUCCUCGGCCUCUGCCCCGGUGCCGCCUGCGGAGGCCCCUCCACUUCAAGAUAUGGUAAUAGUACUGAUUAUAUGGGGGCAGAUAUAGCUGAUGCAUGUUUAAUAAUUCUACUGAAAAGUUGA